AUGGAUAAAGAAUUAUUAAUUGAUUGUCUCUACAAUAAAGAUGUCAUCAAAUAUCAUCUUUCUUCAACAAGGAAGGCUUAAAAUGAUAUUUUGACUAAGAAACCAUCACCUUAAUUUUAUCAUGCGCAAUCCUCAAAAUAUGGAGUUAGACAACCAGUUUAAAUAAAGAAUCCUUUACUUAUCAAAUCUUUAUUCUCAUCAAGAAAAUAUUCAAAGGAGAAAGACAUAUCACUUCCUAUAUGUGCAUUUAAAAUUUUACCAACCUAAACAUUGGCUUCAUUUUAGACUGAUCGUAUACAUAGUAAAUGUCCUGCAUUUAAGAAACUGAAACUAAAAUUGGGAUUAAAAUAAUAAAAUAAUGUUCCUGAUGAAUAACUAAGGGUCGAAACUGCUCCUGCUAUAUGCAGAAGCCAAACUAGUGCGAAACAAACAAUUACUAACAUAUUAAAAAGCUAACCUAGUAUUGAAAAAAAGACAAAAAAGUCAGAACCUACAUUUACAUUUAACAGGAACGAUUGGGGGAUUGGUGGAUGGAAUAUAGUUGAAGAUAAUUAUGAUGCUAAGAUGUUUGUGGAUUGA